ACUAUCUAGACAACGAUGGACCAUCCUAAUAUAGGAAAGGUCAACCAGAAAGGAGAAGAAAUAAGAUACAGAGGCGUCAGGAGGCGGCCAUGGGGGAAAUUUGCAGCGGAGAUACGUGACUCGACAAGGCAUGGAGCAAGGUUAUGGCUAGGGACUUUUAACACAGCAGAAGAGGCUGCAAGGGCUUAUGAUGGAGCUGCAUAUUCAAUGAGGGGUCCUUUAGCAAUCCUUAACUUCCCUGGGGAAUAUCCUAAAACCAAGGUUGAUUCUGAUAUAACUUCAUCUUCCAUUUCGUCUUCACCAUUGUCAUCAUCAUCGUCAUCAUCCUGUGCUUCAUCUUCCUCAAUGUCACAGAACGCAGAAAGAAGUGGGAUUGGACAAGGAAAAGAAGUAUUUGAGAUUGAGUACUUGGAUGAUAAGUUAUUGGAGGAUCUUCUUGAUUUCGAGGAAGAAAAUAGCAAGAAAUCAGAGUGA